AUGCUCUGUCGUCUCCGCCCAAACAACCCCCUCCUCACGAGCGUGUCUCAUCUGCAGCUGGCCACGCGCAUGUUAACGAUCACAUCGUGCCGCGCCUUCCCGCUCUUGUACGGCAACCCCAACCACUCUCAACGACUGCCCAAGCACUGCCGCAUGCCGAGUGGUGUAUGGUACACCACCACGGUUCCCCCCACCAGUGAUAACCACCCGAAAAAAGCAGCGACAGGCGGCGACCGACUCUGCUGUCCGCAGUGCAGCGUGCCCCUCGUAUUGGCCGAGCCGCUCAGUGCGGACAAGUUGACGUCAUCAAAUCUAAAGGGAAACACGACAUUGAAUACGUCAACUUCAACUUCAACGUUGCCAGAGUUUAAAAAGGGUGACGUGGUCAAGUGCGUGAGUUGCAAGUUGUACUUUGCACUCAAAGUGCAACCUUCAACACCCCCUAACCCGACAUUCCGCAACGCUGCAGCCGCUGCCGCACUGAGCUCCUUGAGCUCAUCGCUGUCUCCAGGCAUGUCAACCCCACGUGGAUCCACUGCGGGUGGACCGUCGUACGGCGGCAGCUUCCUGUCCCCCACGCGGCCCAGCUCCAUGAACGCCGACGGCGAGUACGCGAAACUGGCGACCGAUGGUGCUGUAGCCAGAGCAGCAAGCGACGCGAGUGCGAGGAAAGAUCUCGUGCUGACUCCGCGGGAGAUCUACGAUGGACUGAAUGAGUACGUGGUGGGCCAGAGCAAGGUGAAGAAGACGCUGGCGGUCGGUGUAUACAACCACUACAAGCGCCUGCAGGCUUUGGAUCUGCUGCAAGCAAGGAGAGAAGCAGAUGCAUCGUGUGCUAAGUCUAACGAGCAGCAUGUAGGUGUAGGGGCUACAGGGGCAACGGGCCAACAAGGGGAUGCGAACGACGCACGGCGAUCAAUUCUCGGUCGUCGGUUGCUGCUGGAAGAGAUUUACCCUACCCCAGCAGCCGAAUGUCGCAAAGAGUUUGAAGGAACGACGCGCCAGAUGCUGAACGACUCGUCGGGGUCCAAUCUAGCCGCAGCUCACGCUCCUGAUGCUGCAGUCCAGAACAAGUUGCAAUCACUGGAAGGUGUCGAGCUGGACAAGACGAAUAUCAUGCUCGUGGGCCCCACAGGCUCGGGGAAGACGCUGCUGGCCAAGACGCUGGCCCGACUGGCUAAAGUGCCGAUUGUAAUUGCCGAUGCAACGUGUUUGACUCAAGCCGGGUACGUGGGCGAGGACGUCGAGUCGGUUUUGUUCAAACUGUACCAAGCUGCCAACUAUAACCUGGAAGCUACUCAGCGUGGUAUUGUGUACAUUGACGAGAUUGACAAAAUCACACGAAAGAGUGAAAACGUGAGUAUUGCACGCGACGUGUCGGGCGAAGGUGUGCAGCAAGCGCUGCUGAAGCUCUUGGAAGGAAGUAUGAUGAACGUACCGGAAAAGGGCGGUCGCAAGAACCCGCGCGGCGAGUACAUUACGAUUGACACGACCAACAUUCUGUUUAUCUGUGGUGGCGCAUUUGCCGGUCUGGAAAAACAGGUGACCAGUCGUACAGCGCAGUCGUCGAUUGGCUUUGGUGCUACGAUGCCCAAUAUGCGCCUGAAAGACAGCGAUCAGAUUGGCCAGUUACUGUCUCACGCUGAGCCAGAAGAUCUCGUGUCAUACGGACUGAUUCCCGAGUUUGUUGGUCGGUUUCCAUUGCUUGUGAGCACAACGGGUCUGUCUAAAGACGAGCUGGUGCGAGUUCUCACCGAGCCAAAGAACAGCCUUGUCCGGCAAUACAAGGCACUCUUUGCGUUGAAUGACGUGGAAUUUCACGCGACGGAAGGUGCGCUGGAGGCAGUGGCACAGUUGGCGCUGCGCAAGAACACUGGCGCGCGAGGCCUUCGCUCCAUAUUUGAACGUGUGCUCAUGGAAACCAUGUUUGACUUGCCUGACAAGAACGAUGUGCAUGCCGUAUACGUGGACGAAGAAGCUAUUCUUGGACACAAGCAGCCGGUGCUCAUUCGGGGUGCAAUGACGCUCGAUGGGUACCUCAAAAAUCUUGAGGAUGACAACGAUAAACGGGAAGAGGCUGUUUAA